GUCGGUUGGAAGCGGAGCGCAGAUGCUGAUGCUGGUGCUCAGAGGACACGGAGGGAUACAAGCAUCACCGGGAACCGACUGAAAUUAUCGGUAACAUGCGUCAGGACGGAUCCAUGCAGAUGGCCGCGCCACAGAAAGACGGAUCCGAUCAGAACUUUGAUUACAUGUUCAAACUGCUGAUCAUCGGCAACAGCAGUGUGGGAAAGACCUCAUUUCUCUUCCGCUAUGCUGACGACUCCUUCACGUCAGCGUUUGUCAGUACGGUGGGCAUCGAUUUCAAAGUCAAAACCGUCUACAAGAACGACAAGAGGGUCAAACUGCAGAUCUGGGACACUGCCGGACAGGAGCGCUACAGGACCAUCACCACAGCGUACUAUCGAGGGGCCAUGGGCUUCAUUCUUAUGUAUGACAUCACCAAUGAGGAGUCAUUCGGAGCGGUGCAGGACUGGUCGACUCAGAUAAAGACGUACUCCUGGGACAACACUCAGGUCGUCCUGGCAGGGAACAAAUGUGACAUGGAAGAGGAGAGAGUCGUGUCUGUAGAGAACGGCAGACUGCUGGCAGAACGGCUGGGUUUCGAGUUUUUCGAGACGAGCGCCAAAGACAACGUCAACGUGAAGCAGACCUUUGAGCGUCUGGUGGACAUCAUCUGCGACAAGAUGUCAGACAGCUUAGAGACUGACCCUGCCGUUACCACGGGAACCCAAGGAACCGCCCGGUUAUCAGACAACCCUCCUCCACUACAGCAACCUAACUGUGCCUGUUAGUUCUCAGCUUACAGCAGGGUAGCAUACGUGUGUGUGUGUGUGUUUGUGUGUGUAACGUACAUCCAGUAAACAGCGAAGCAUCCUUUAAUGCAUCCGCUCCGACAAGUAGAAUUGUUCCUUCUGUAAGCUCCUCCCACUUUGCAGUUAAGACGUCAAUAGCAAAGCAACACAACGACACACACACACACACCUUUCAGACAUUUUUGUAGUUCUGGAAUUCUUGCCAAUAAAGAUUUAGCGAUUUUGCAGCGCCUGUAAUAUCCGCUGCUUUACUUAGGGUGUGAGUGUGUAGUGUAGAGAUAUGAAUAAUAUUAAUAUAAAUAUGAUGUUAUCUAUAUAGAUAUGAUUCUAUAUGUAGUGUACAUAUAUUUGUAUAUACAUCAGUAAGAACAUAUAAUGUGGAUUUUUUGAGGAGCUGUAAAAUACAGACAAACAAAAGUGUCUUAAAUGUUUCUUUGAUCGUUGUUAAUGAAUUCACAAAUGUAUUUAUCAAAACCACUUUACAGUGAGAAAAGUAUACGCGUUCAGGAGCUGUGUGUGUCCUUGUGACUUUCCCAAACGCUUUUCUUCUUUCUUUAACAAUGUUAGACCUUUUAUAUUCCAAGGCUAUAAAGCUACUCCGUAGAGGACGGGUGGCUUUUAGUACCUUUGAUCUCAUUUUAUGCUCUUGGCCAAACAGUGAUUUAAGAUUUUCAAAGGAAACUGUCACUGUGGUAUGAGAGGACUCAGUGGAGUUCGUAAAAAGAUGGAGAAAUAGGCAAGGAAAUGUGCCAGGCAUCAGUAUUUGUGACUAUGGCCAUGACUGGCACUUAUCGUUCCUUAUAUCGCAGCAAACGAAUCGCUACGCGAGAACCGUUCUGGAGUGUGUCAUUUCACUCCACGAUCAAAAGAAAAAAUAAGAAAUUGUAUGUUGCAUAAAUAUACUCUAAAAACUGCUUUUUUGUUUUCUUGAAGCAGAAUUUUGAUUUGGGAGGGAAGAUGACGCCAGACAGUCACACCAUGUUUUUGUUCCCAGAGUUAAUGUGUGUUAUAAUCAAAGUAGAAUUGAUGUCAGAAUAGAAAAAAACAGACAAACAAAAAUCCACAUUUAAUGAAAUUAAAAAUACACGGUGUUUAUAUGUGUGGUCUUGUGCGUGUAGUACUAAGAAAAGUUUCUAUGACAUUAGGCCGACCAUAUCCGGCACAAUCAGAAACAGAUGACAAUUCAGCAGUCCAUGUAACGCUACUAGAUAACAAUGUGUCCUGAGAAUAUUAAAAAACAGUACAAAUCUUGUUCCCUCAUCGCAAGCCACGGUUAGCAUCAGCCCUGCAUGAAUCUCUAUGGCAUCUCUAUCUAUAUAACUGUAUCUGUAUAAUCUUAUUUAUUAUAUAAUGUGUCCCUCAUGAUGGGGGUCGCAGUGGGCCAGCAAGUGCAAUAUUUCUAAACCCUCUCUUGUACAUAGAUGUGUGUGUGAGUGUGUGUGUGUGUGUGUGUUUGAAGCCACAGAGUGACUGAGAUUAAAUGUAUAGAAAACAACGAUAAACAUCUUUUUGUGCCAAGCUGAUUUUGCACAAAAUCUUAACCAACAUUCAGAUUUUUUCUUGUGUAAGUGUGUGAAUGAGCGUGUUUGUGUACAUACUUCCUGUGAACAAAGUAAACGUGUGUUGUCACCAAAUGAAUUCUAUAGUUUACUUGGUGUGCGUGUGUACAUUUCAUCAAGUUUGAGCAUGUAUAGGGCUAUAUUAUCUGCAGUCGUGUGUCAGAGGCAGGUACAGUUUGUUUUGGAGUAUUCAGUAGUUUUAUACUAGCUGCUAUAAUAGCACGCAUGAUUUUUUCUGUAAAUAAAAAGUUUAUGGAAACGGAUAUGUUUGAACACAUAAAUGUAUUGCGUUUGGUAUGUUUACAAUAAGUGAUGGUGACGUUAAUACCAUGGUAUGUUGUUAUGUACUCAUGAAUUUUAAUGAAUGGUUAUCAUUGUUUGUUAUUUAUUUUCAUGUUUGUUUGGGCAUUUGAAACUUAGAAUUUAACAUUGGACAUAUUUUCAUUUACCACAAAUCCCCUGAUGUAGGAUAUACAAAAAUGUUGACCUUGUUUUUAAGGCUGUGUGUCUAUUCAGUGCCCUCAAAAUACUAAACAUUUAUUUAAAAUGUGACCCCGUCUAAUAAACCCAACUGAAGUCUUUUUUGAUGAUUUACUGUAUCUUACAAAAUAAUGAUUUGAUCAAAAAUCAAUUGACAUGAUGCAGCUUAAAUAUUGAGUGAGUAAGGUCAUGUCAAAGAUUGAAAUUAUAAUGAAAUUCCAUAAUUAUGAGACUUGGAUGUCAGGAUUUCUGAUAUAUUGAAGGAUUUCAAGUCGAUUUGCAGUGUGUGUAUGACAGAGAUGUACUGCUGAAAAUACCAAUAAAUAUUCAUAUUGUGUUGAGA